UCUCUCUGAACAGCAGCAUGAGUAGAGCGGAAGUGACGGUGUUCUUUCUAAAGGCGGGAUCAGGAAGCUGCGCUGUGUGAGUUAUUUUGGGCGCAUUGAGACUCUGGAUAGCACGGCGUUUGCGGAUGAGGAUUGAAAUUUCUCGAUGAUAGUGUCCAGCCACUGAAGAAAGCCAAAAUUAAAUCCCACAACCCUCUCUAAUACAAAUCAACAAUGUCGUCGACAUCACAAAAACACAAGGACUUUGUGGCAGAGCCCAUGGGGGAGAAGUCUGUGAUGGCACUAGCAGGAAUCGGUGAAGUUCUUGGAAGGAGAUUGGAAGAGAAGGGCUUUGACAAGGCAUAUGUUGUUCUAGGACAGUUCCUGGUGCUGAGGAAAGAUGAGGAGUUGUUUCGGGAAUGGUUGAAGGAUACGUGUGGAGCCAACGUCAAACAGCAAGGCGAUUGUUAUAGCUGUCUGAGAGAGUGGUGUGACUCUUUCCUGUAGUUGACUUUUUGUUGUUGUCGUAUAUUCAUCCCCCCCCCCACCCCCCUGACUUGUAUGCCGAAUACAUUUACCUCACUCUGUCAAUUCAACUUUUUGGACAUCAUUCUUGGAUGUAUUAAUAUUAAUUCUUAGUACAGAAUUAUCGCACUAGAAGGUCUUUAGAUGGGUGCACUUGUAAUAUCACUGCUCAUUUUGUGUGUUGUUCAAACAUCAUUCACACCGGAUCUUUAGUUUUGGGGGUAUGACACAAAAUUGUCCAAAAAUCCCAUUCAUAUGCAGUUCUGUUCCAGGCAAUGCAUCCACUGGUUGUAGUCCAAAUACAAUAACACCGAUAGUUCUGCAAGUCUUUCCCCCUCUCUGUUUAUGAUAUUUGAAGGUUUUAACUAUGUCCAAAAUGUGCCACAAUGCUUAUAAGCUUUUAAAGGUUUAUGUGAACUUGUCACUGUUCUCUGGUAUGUUACCCAAAGGAUCAGAUGCAUAAUGGUAUAAUUUUGCCGUCUGGUUUUAUGCUCCCCAACCCCUAAAUUGCCUUAAUAAAAUUCUGGAUUUGUUUUAA